CGACAUUUGAACACUUGACGGCGGCCAUCUUAUUUGGUCGAACGUGUUCAGCUGUGUUUUGUCGUCGAGUUCAUGGAACUCAAAUCGGACACGCGACGGCACGAACACCGCUGAACAGUUACCUUCCAGGGAACUUCGACUAUUUAAACGGGACUCGAAAGGCGUUCGAUUGCCAGAACGAGCCAUGGAUAAAGUCAGAGGAUUAUUCAGAGAUGUGGUGACCUCCACAAAUUCGUUCUCCAUCUAUCAUGGAGUGGAGGACCAGGAAAGCGCAGAGCUUCAGCUGGAGGACAAGCACGACGAGCCACAAGCAUUGCACCCACAGAGAGGUUCCUGUCUAUCUUCAAUCACUCCGCUCUAUCAAAAAAUCCUGCUCGCCAUCAUUGUGGCAGUUGCUGCCUUCAUCCUUGGCAUUCUGGUCACAUAUGGAUCCUGCACCAGAUGUAGGAAAAAUGGACCGGAACCCGUAGCUGACGAUUACAAUUCUGAAUAUCAACAAGACGACUACAACAACAUCCUGCACUGGACAGACCUAAGGAGCCUGUUCAACGACAACUAUAAGGAAGACGAACAGAUGGAGGAUACGUUAAGGAAAGUGAGUAAAGCGUCUCAUCCUGCUGGGUCAAAUGAAAAUAAAGAACUUGCUGAUUAUAUUCUACAAAGCUUUAAGAGUUAUGGACUGGAUCACACGUGGCUAGACACGCACUUUGUGGAACUGCACUAUCCAAACAGUAAUGUCGCUAAUUCUGUGACAAUCAUUGACCAAAAUAAAACCGUGGAGGAAUUUCGAACUGAGGAUCCUGAUGUCUAUUGUCCAUACAGCGCAACGGGGAAAGUAGUGUCAGGCUUGGUGUAUGCAAAUUAUGGCCGUGACAAGGAUUUUGCACAUCUGACGUCCCAGAGUGUAAAUACGACUGGCCAGCUGGUCAUCGUACGGACCGGAUUUAUCAGCUUUGCGGAAAAGGUGUAUAAUGCACAGUCUGCAGGAGCCCUGGGAGUCUUAAUAUAUCCAGACACAGACGAAGAUAUAGCUGUAUACGGACAUGUUCAUCGUGGAACUGGAGACCCAAGCACCCCUGGAUUCCCAUCCUUCAAUCAUACCCAGUUCCCCAACUUCGAGUCCUCAGGGCUUCCAAAAAUUCUAGCUCAGCCUAUUAGUACGGCCACUGCACGGAAGCUACUUGGUAAAAUCGCAGGUUUAAAGGCCCCCCAAGAUUGGAUCCAUCCAUCAUUCUCUGGAAAUGGUCUGGGGCCCAUCCUAGAAAACCCUCAGCACAGAGUGAGCCUUGAAGUGGGCAAUGUGCGGCAGAGUGUGGAGCUGCUUAACGUUUUUGGAAGUAUCACUGGGCGUAUUGAGCCAGAGCACUAUAUUGUGGUGGGAGCUCAGCGAGAUUCCUGGGGUCCAGGCGCUGCCAAGUCAGCAGUGGGUACUGCCAUCCUAACUGAACUGGCACGGACAAUGGCAUAUAUGGUGCGGGGAGGUUUCCAGCCUCAGAGAAGCGUCCUGUUUGUAAGCUGGGAUGCAGGAGAUUUCGGGAGUGUUGGCGCCACCGAAUGGUUAGAGGGUUACCUUAGCAUGCUGCAUCUGAAGGCUGCGGCCUAUAUCUGCCUGGACACGCCUGUGUUGGGAGAUGAAAAGUUUAGAGUUAAAUCCAGCCCCAUGUUCAAAAGUUUAAUGGAAUUUGUGAUAAAACAGGUUGAUAACCCAAGACGAAGCCAACAAAGUAUCUUCGAUUACAUGAGUUCCCAAGACAAAGACUGGCAAAAACAAGGGAUGUUACCUCUCACAGUAGAUACUGGGGCGUUUGCCUUUACUGCGUUUGGGGGAGUCCCUGCUCUGGAGUUUUCAUUUGUAGAGGGUUUAAAUCCCUACAAGUACCUGGACACUAAGAAGGACACUUACGAUGCUUUGAAUACAGUGGUGGACGGAAGGUUGCCUGCUGUAGCCUUCAGUGUAUUGGAAGUGGCCGGACUCUCGCUGAUUAAACUCCUUCAUGACAAAAUCUUACCGUUGGAUUAUAUUGAAUACAGCAACAUGUUGCUCCAACAUGUCAUGGAGCUGAAUCAGUACAGCAAGAAGCUGAAGGCCAAGGGGCUAUCUUUCGACUGGCUUGCUUCUGCCCGAGGGGAUUAUACUCGAGCAACGCAAAGCCUUAAAAAUGCAGUUAGCGAAUCAGACCUGCACAACGAGAAAACAAUUCAAUCAUUCAACAUACGGAUUAUGAGGGUGGAAUUCUACUUUCUCUCCCAAUAUGUCUCUGCCAUUAACACCCCAUACCGUCACAUCCUUAUUGGCCGAGGACAGCACACUAUUCAGGCCUUGUUAGAGUCCUUCAAAAAGGAGUCCCAAGGCAUUGACGUGGAAGACAUACACAAGAAGCUUGCUCUCAUCACCUGGACACUGAAAGGGGCAGCAAAUGCUCUGAGCGGGGAAGUUUGGGAAAUCCAGGAGAGUUUUUAGGACUCCAGCAAGUCAUGUGACUGAUAAUGAACACACCUUAUAUAGUGCAUUGUGUUAAUAGGAUAACUAUUGUGUGCGAUAAUCUAAUACACCCGGUCAAUAUCUUUAAACAAUGAAGCAUUUAUCUAUAUUGCACCAGCGCUAACACUGCAUCCUACUACAAAUACACAAUGCGCAUAUUGAUGGACUAGCUACGGGAGCUGUGUGUUCACUAUCGGUCCCAAGACUUGCUUAACAUCCAACCUGGGAAAUAUAUAAAUUGAUGUCUGUAUGGUUUAAUGCAGAACAGGCUUCGUUAUUAAUGGCUUUAUCCACGCUCUCUGUCUGUUACUAGAAAAGAAUCUGUAUUUUUUAUGUUAAUUUAUCAGUGACAGUGAUCACUAUAAAUGUCAUUUUGUUAAUGUUUUUUUAAUAACUUUGAGUCUGAUUUACGGAUUGAAAAGUGGAAUUAUUAAGUAAAUCUUAUCAGCAACAGCGGCUGCUAAUUACUGUGAAAGCAUGGAUAAUCGGACAGCUAUACAGAGUUGGGUUCUGGUGAUCAGAGUACAAAGUGAUUGUAAGCACCAUGCCAAGAGAAUUGACGGCAAUUUAUGUGCCAAUCAUAAAUGUUAUCAGUAUAGCGUGUCCAUUGCAACACUUCAAUCGGAUCAGCCGUGGCGCAGUGUAAUUUGAAUACAUUUUUUGCCUGAUUCUUUUAAAGCGCAAUCUGCAGCUUGUACUUAAUUUUUUGCGCUAUUGGCAUAGCAGGAUCCAUAUAACCAAAUAAACUCAUCUCAUCUUAUAGUUUGCUAGCCUUACUAAUGAUGCAGGCCUUUCAGUAAAGGUCUCCUAUAACGUGGUCUACAAAUACCCAACACUGCUUCUAGCAAAAUGCGCAAUUCAUAUACAGACACGAGUCAGUUGCUGGUAGAAUACGGUUUAUCACUGACAGUGCUCAGUAGAACUGUUUACAUGUUGUGUCGAUUUUCUGCCUAUUGUAAAAUUAUUUUUACAAUAAAAAGUUUGUCAUUUUAUGAAA